CAUGUCACUCAGCCCAGCGGCGCAGCUUUGAUCUCCCCUCUCCCUCCUCCUCGCCUCGGUUUUUUUUCCCCUUCUCUGCUGCAAGAAUCUCCGCCGUCUCCUCUAAUACAACCAACCAACUAGUCUUCUGGGCUUGCUUUAACCAGCUUCACUCCCAAGACGGAGCGAGAGAGAGGGAGGGAGGGAGAGAGAGAGUGAGAGAGAGAGUGAGAGAAGGGGGCAGGCAAAGAUAGAGUUUGCAUUUAACGAAAGAGAGAGGAGAGUGAGUUACUAUUGUGUGUUCUUGCUGGAACUUGUGCGAUUGUUUUAUACAUUUUUAUUGCAGGGGUUUUACCGAGAUAAAAGACUGGCUUUUUUGUUUGGAAAGUCCGCUUUUUCUCUCUCCCCUCCCCUCCCCUCACCCUGCCCAUCAGUUGAUAUUGUUGCAUUUACCGGUUGUAAAGAUCCCCCGAAAUACAAGGGAGGGAUGCCACAGUUAAACGGCGGUGGCGACCCGGAGUUGGGUGCGAACGAUGAGAUGAUUUCGUUUAAAGACGAGGGCGACCAAGAGGAGAAAAUCCUGGCGGAGAUCAGUGGCAGCGAGGAGCGAGAUCUGGCCGACCUGAAGUCGUCGCUGGUCAACGAGUCGGAGAUUAGCCCCGGCAGCGGACAUAGCGGCGACGGCUGCAACUCACGGGGGCCCGAGGUGGGAAGGCGGUUGCAAGUUAUCGAGGAUUCCUAUCGGAAUAAAAUCCGCCGCCCGGGCACCGAGGAGGGGAAGCGGCUGGAUGGGUCGAUGGUCCCGGGAUUCUGCGCUUAUCAGCCCAGUUAUAUUAUGAUUCCCAACCUCAGCAACGAGCCGUACCUGAACAACGGCUCGCUCUCCCCACCCGGCGUCAGGACGUCAAACAAGGUGCCUGUGGUGCAGCCCUGCCACGCUGUUCAUCCUCUGACACCUCUCAUCACUUACAGCGAUGAGCACUUUGCGCCAGGAUCUCACCCGACACAAAUCCCCACAGACACCAGCUCUAAGCGAGGCAUGCACAGACAUCCCCCUGGCCCCGAUAUCCCCACCUUCUAUCCCCUGUCUCCAGGAACUAUCGGACAGCUCACUCCUCCUCUCAGCUGGUUUACACAUCCCAUGGUUCCUACACAUCCAUCUGGUAUUCCCCACCCAGCCAUGGAGAACCACCAAAUCAAGCAGGAACCCAUGCACAGCGAGAUUGAACUCAUGAACACAAAACCUCAGCACGAAACGAGGAAAGAACAGGAGGCCAAAAAACCUCACAUCAAGAAGCCUCUUAACGCCUUCAUGUUAUACAUGAAGGAGAUGAGAGCGAACGUGGUCGCAGAGUGUACAUUGAAAGAGAGUGCCGCUAUCAAUCAGAUUCUUGGGAGGCGGUGGCAUGCCUUGACUCGUGAGGAACAAGCCAAGUACUACGAACUGGCUCGCAAGGAACGGCAACUUCACAUGCAGCUCUACCCGGGCUGGUCUGCACGUGAUAACUAUAAGGGAAAGAAGAAGAAGAGGAAACGUGAAAAGAUGCAGGAGACCACUUCAGGCCACUCGCCCAAGCUCCUCCUCCUGCAACCUGGCGAGCAGGAUGGGUUAGGCCACAGGCUCCUCCGAGACUGUCAGCAGCGGUGCUCCAUCAUCAGCCAGCAGAAAGCACAGGUCAAGUGGGCCGAGCCGGACGAUGGCAGCUAUUUCCCUCCACCGGACAUGGAACGCCUCACGUCCAAGUGGUGCUCCAUCUAGCAGCCCGCCUGAAAUAUGGCACACUGAGAAACAAAACAAAAAGCAAAACUAAACACUCACCCGACCGAGGCAGGGAGUUCAGAGCGGCGGACUCGGAACUUGGGACCUUGCGGUCGGGACUUAAGCACUCAAUGACUUGGUGCAAACUGGGCUGUUGGCAGAGACUGUCGUUUGAACCUGAACGUACUGCUGGAAGAAAACCAACUGGGUCCCGGUCACGUCUUUUUUUUUACUUUCCAAUUUACAAGCUCUUACCAAGGGAGCUUUCUUGCCAGUGUGAGGCUGCGCUUAGCAUUGCUUACUGUUCUCAGCCUGAAGUGAAACCAACACCCUUUAUGUGUUUACACACAUACACGCACACACACACACACACAACACACACACGCACAUACACACACACGCACAUAUACACACGCACAUACACACACAUGCACAUACACACGUGCAUGUACACACACACACCCAUAUGCACGCACGCACGCACACACGGACAUGGGGCACAGAGGGAGCCUCACUGCAUGUGCGCUGCAGUGAGGAAUUGAGGGAUUUUUUUUUCUUGUGUAAAGAUUUUUUUUUAUAUAUAAAUUUGCAAACUGACCCUCCGAGCUCACCCUCAACUCCCUUCUAUGGUAUACAUGCACUGUCAUUGCUUUAAAUAUUUGGGAAAAAAAUGUUAUUGGAAAUGGGGUUGGAGGGAAUUAAGGCAAAUAUAUUGUAUAGGUUCCGAUGAUCUUGUUAAGGAGAAAGGAAAUUUGUACAGUUCUCAAGGUCAGCCAUGCUGACACUCCCUAAUCACUUGGUCCUUACCUCUUCUGGCCAUUAUUGCACUUCAUUCAUUGUUCUUGCCCAGAAGCACCCUGAUGCCUCCAUCCAUCCAUGACACUUUGUUACUGCCGACUGGUACAUGAGGUUGAUUUGAUCGCGCUGGAGAUUGGUUUCCAUCUUUCCUUUCCCAUUCCCCCUCCCUCUCCCGCUCCCCUCCCCUUGAGCCUCCCAAGAGCAGAUGCAGUGAGGAAACUCCAUCAUGGACCAAUCACCCUGAGAUACCCCAACCUCCCACCCCCCGUCCUCAAAGCAUUGCUGCUCCGUGUUCUGGCCCUGCUGAACUCACACGCAGUCAGGGACACGCAUUAGCCGGAGGUUCAAGCUCAGUCACGCUGAGACACCAACGCUCUUCCCUUCAGAGCAAGUGCGGGAUUGUUUUAUUUGAAGAACUGGAACAGAAUAUUUAAAGGUGUCGGGACAGACAGACUGACGGGACAGACUUGUGGCAAAAAGUACUUUCACAUUGCAAAUAGAGCAGGGAUUCUUGAGUAAGCUUUCGUGAGCUGUAUCACUAUACUAUUUCUUUUGAAGCAGAUUUGUUGAGAAUAUUGGAAUUUUUAAAAAAUAAAGUCAAAAGCUGUUUUUUUU